CUUUAGUCCCACAACGGCACUGGCAGAAGAUCUGACAGGUCAGAUCUUCGGUACGAUAAACGACUACGUCGCCAGUGGUGGAUUCGGAAAUGUUUACAGAUGUGAAUGGAGACGGCCGUCGGGCCCUGUCAAGGUCUGGCCAGUGUGCAGCACCGGCAUAACUUGUUGAUCAGCCUGUUCAUUAUCGCACUGCAGGUCGCAGUAAAAACCUUCAGGCAUCCGACGGAUUGCAUCUCAAAGCAGGACUUGAGAAGGUUUCGACGAGAAACUGCAAUAUGGUCACACCUCAUCCACGACAAUAUCGUCACGCUUUAUGGAACGACAGAGGAUUUUGGGCCAACCAUAGCCCUCGUCUCCCGAUGGUUUCCGGACGGCACGCUGUUCCGUUUGAUCACAGAACAGGGUGCCACAUUAACUAUUAAGUCUAAAUUGAAUCUGCUUCACGGCAUAGCAUCUGGGCUCUACUAUCUUCACUCUUUUCCUGUCGUUCACGGUGACAUCACGAGCUCCAACGUUUUGGUAGAUCUCAAGGACGGAGAUUACAAGGCUUGCCUAACGGACUUCGGUUUGUCAAGUGUUCUCUGUGAACAUUUAAAAGAACGCCGAAUUGAAGGAUCAUCCGUUCGGGCUGGUGCAAUCAGGUGGGCUGCGCCUGAGUUGCUCAGGCCACAUGAUCCCACUUCCAAUAUCAAACCGACCACCCAGAACGACAUGUAUUCCUUUGGUCGUGUCAUGUUCCAUUUGUUGACUCUGAUUGCUCCUUGGCAUGACAUUGACGACUACAAAGUCAUGCAAAAAAUUCAAAAAGGAGAGGAUAUCCCGCGUCCUGGGGUAUCCGAGACGACUGCUGACGUCACAGACGCCCGCUGGAAUCAUAUCGAGCAGUGUUGGUCAAUUGAUCCAUUUGCUCGACCGUGUGCCCUCACGGCUAUGAACUUCGUAAAGGGGGAACUAGAGGCUUUGAAUCAGGAUGUCUUUGUUGGCGGGGUACAGCAAAGCGAUCAAAGUACAUACUUGGUCGCCGAGCAGGCUGGGAUUUCGACCGCACUGUCGUCUCAGCCUUCCUUGCAAACCCUUGUUCCGUCACAUAACGCCGUUCCCUCUAAUCCUGUAGUACGUCACAUCUUAUCUACGGUCUCGUCGCUGGUGAGAGUCUAGUAGUGUAUUGUUUUCAUGUGUACUGAUCCUUCCACGCGGUCAAGUCACUUGCAGGUCCUUUGAAUGUGUUACUUUUCGGCGAGACUGGAGUUGGGAAAAGUGCCAUUAUCAACUUGAUUAUGGGACGCGACGUUGCACAGACGUCGCCAGAUGGAGCAACCUGCACACUGCAGCAUACCUCCCACGAAGUCAGUCUUGGAGAUUGCCGAUUCAAACUUUGGGAAGUUUCCUCACUCGGAUCGAUGGGUUUUUUCCGGACCCUUUUUGCAA